AUGAAUUCUGGUUUUUCUAGCACCGGUGACCAUUUGAGGGCUAACUGGACUCCACCUCAAGACAGCUUCUUCAUUGACCUUUUGCUAGAACAAGUGAGCAAAGGGAACAAAACUGGUCAUGGAUUUAGGAAACAAGCAUGGGCAGAUAUGAUUGUACUCUUUAAUACCAAAUUUGGAUUUAAGUAUGAUACAGAUAUUCUGAAAAAUCGAUACAAAAGAUUGAGGAAGCAGUACAGUGAGAUGAAGAGCCUUGUCGAUCAGGGUCAUUUUAGAUGGGAUGAAUCACAACAGAUGAUAACAGCUGAUGAUAGUGUAUGGAAUGACUAUAUCAAGGCCCACCCUGAAAUGCAACUAUACAGAACAAAAGUCGUUUCAUAUUAUAACGAGUUGUGCAUAAUAUGUGGGCAUGCAUUUGCUGAUGGAAGAUACAGUCUUUCAUGUUAUGAUGUAGACUUUGAAAACGAAGCAAUAGGAAUUGAUUGUCAAGAUCCCAUUAAUGAUGAUCCUAAAAUUGAGUGGUCACAGACUAUGGACCAAUUUUUUGUUGAACUUAUGUUGGAUGAGGUGUGUAAAGGGAAUAAGGUCGGUCGCUCUUUCAAGAAGAAAUCAUGGGUGUCCAUGAUCACGUCUUUUAAUGAGAAAUUCAGGUUUCAGCAUGGUAGGGCUGUCUUGAAAAACCGUUACAGUAUAUUUAGGAGGCAUUACAGUAGCAUUAAGAUUCUGCUUGAUCAAAGGGGGUUUAAGUGGGAUGAAACAGAACAAAAGGUGGUAGCUGAUGAUCGGGUCUGGAAUAAAUAUAUCAAGGCACAUCCCAGAUUUCGUAUGUAUAGAAAUAAAGCUAUGCCAUAUUAUUCUGAUAUGUGCAUCAUAUGUGGAAAUGAAGCUAGAAUUUUGAAAAAAGCUACUUCAAGUUGCAAUCUAGCUCUUGAUAAGGGAACCCUUGCUAGGAAAACUGAUGGAGAAGCUAUGCCUAUUGUUGACAAACAUUAUGCUCACGGAAAACCAUUAGGUUCAGGUAGUGUCAAGAAUUUAUCAGAUCAAAAGAAAAGGCAUUAUCUUCAAAUACCAGAAACCUUACAACAGUCUAAAAAAGCACGAAGAACGGAUAGAGUUGUGGCCGUUAAAGCUCUAGAAGAUAUGGCAGUCGUAGUGUCUUCAUUGAAGAAGAAACUAAAGAAAGAGGAAUCUGUAUCCAUAGAGAAGGUUAUUGGUGUCUUGAAGUCUAUACCAGACAUUGACGAUGAUCUAUUACUAGAUGCCUGUGACUUUUUAGAGGAUGAAGGGAGAGCCAGAAUGUUUUUAGCACUGGAUGCAGCUCUCCGAAAGAAGUGGUUGAUUAGAAAGCUUCGUCCACAGUAA